CAUAUAUUUUUCUUUCCCACUUGUAUCAGUCUUCUUGCCUCCCUCUGUCUCUCUUCAUCUCCAUGGCUAGCAGUAUCUUCUUCAUCCUCUAAUGUAAAAAGAUCAGACUUUUUCAUCUUUGAUUACAAACAAUAUCGAUUUAUGAAUCAUCACUUUAUGCUUGAAUAUUACUUGCUAUAUAUCGAACAACAGCAUUGAAGUUAUGGUCAGAGGUAAAGGAAAGGUGGGGAAGAAACAGAUGGACAUUGGCAGCGAGGAUGAAAAGAAGGUGGUUCCAGUACAGAGGAGAAGAGGGCGUCCAUUGAAAUCGUUGAAAGGUGAAGUUCAGGAAAAAGAGGUUGAAAAUGUAGGAGAUUCUGAAAAUGCAAAGAGCUCCAUCAGUAUUAGUACUAGUAAUGAAUUGAAGAAUUCAACCACGGUUAAUGGAAGGAAGAGGAAGAGGUCUUCUAUUGUUAAGGAAACUCCUCCUGCUGAUUCAAAUGGUGGGGAAAAGAAUGGGGCGGAUAAUGAUGAUUCAUCGAGAACAGUUGGAUUCAGACAAAACGGGAGCAGGAGAAAAAAUAAGCCUCGUCGAGCUGCUGAAGUGGGUGUUGAAUGCAAUUGAGGCUUUCUAUGCUUUUUGUUUGCUUGAUUUCUAGCUAUUACUACAUACACAAACAGAAAUGAUGUUCUUGAUUUUUGUAUUUGAUUUGUUGUAUUUCCUAACUACUCAGCCCGAGAUUCAUGUUAGUUUCUUGUUGGGCAGGUGGGACAUAAUGAAUGGCAAUCACUUAUAUCGGUUUCCCUUUUCUAAAAA